AUGAUUCUCGACAAAAAUGGUCUUCGUAUCGAUGAUACUAGUGUAUCAACACGUUUUUCCGUUCGUAAUCAAACGACAUUUAACGAAGGUGUUGAGCAUUUGAAUCAAUAUGGUUAUGCAGUUUUCAGUGAUGUUAUGGAAUUAGAGGAAGUCGAAGAAAAUAAGAAUUUACUUUGGCAAUUUCUCGAGACUCUCCCACCACCUUUCAAUCGGAUUCGUCGAGAUCGGCCCUCUACAUGGAAUCACUGGCCAGGCAUACGUUCCCAUGGAGUUACAAACACUUAUGGUUUAGGUCAGUCUGCCUUCAUGUGGAACAUUCGAUCGAAUCGUGAAGUGAAACGAGUCUACGAGCGAUUGUGGAAUAGAUCUGAUCUUCUCGUAUCUUUCGAAGGUUGUGGCAUCUUUCGAGAUUGGUCGUAUAAUCAAACAUGGAAAACAGAAAGCGGUUGGAACCAUGUCGAUCAAAAUCCAGAUUCAAAGCCGAACAGAUGUUGCGUUCAAGGAUUUGUUUCUCUUACAGAUCAAAGUGAAUCAACAGGCGGAUUGAUCGUCUUUCCAAGGUCACAUUUGCGAUUCUCGGAACUUCGAGGACUUGGAAGUAAAGCGCGUGAUUUUGUCAUAGUGCCUUCGACCCAUCCGAUUUUCGAUGAAGGUCGUGCCAUAGGAAAACUCGUUCACUGUCAUGCUGGUGAUUUUGUUGUAUGGGAUAGUCGUUUGAUACAUUGUAAUUCACCGGCAACAGCUCUAAAGAGCAACUAUGGUAAAGUUGAACUUUUACGCAUCGUGGCCUAUGUCAGUAUGAGUCCGACGAGGCUUGUAUCAACACAAUACACACUUGAACAAUUCCGAUUGGAACGCGAACAAAUGGUUAGAAAUAAUUGCACAUUGACGCAUUGGAGUACAGAACUGGUCUUAGGAGGUAAGUUUCUAGAUAUUUGAUUUCAAUUGCAAAAUUUCUUUUUCUUUUGUUACAGCAAUGGCAAAGCCGCUCAAUCAACAACAGCUAUCUUUAGAUAAUUUUACUCCUUAUCAACGUGCACUUAUUUUUGGUACGAUUCAUGACAAUAAUAAGGAGAAAAAAUGAUUGUUUCAAAAAUAAAGAUUAUCAUAACAAGCAUUAGAGCUUACAGAACAUUACUGAAAGUUUUUGGAGAUCUGUAUAUAUUCUUUUCUUUCUUCAUUGAUAGACUGAAGUGUGAGUGUGGGUGUGGAUGUGGGUGUGGGUGGGGUGUGGCUGUGGAUGUGGGUGUGGGUGUGGGUGUGGUUGUAGUAUGGUGUAGGUGUGGGUGUGGGUGGGGUGUGGGUGUGGGUGUGGGUGGGGUGUGGGUGUGGGUGUGGGUGGGGUGUGGGUGUGGUUCGAGUCUGGUGGAGGUCGGGGUGCGGGGGCGGCUGGAGCACCGCGUCG